ACGUCAGCAUAAAUAGGAAGCGUGAGAGGCACUCUGCUCCCGGGAGACUCCAGCAGCAGGCUGGUCUGUCCAGCGCAGAGAGGGCUGCCUUUAAAGAAAUGUAUUGCUAAACAAGAAAUUAUUAAUCGAAUUCUGGAAAACUGGAUGUAAUCACAGACCUGGCUGUCCCUGGGGGAGAACAGCAGUGGGUGGAGGACAAGAGCUGCUGAGAUAGGCCUGGCCUCCGGGACAGCGAGGACCCUCAACCCCACCCACAGCCAGAACCCACCGGUGCCAGCCCCCUAUUCAUCUGAAGCUGACACAGACAUGGCGCUGACCCGGGAGCUGCUCCCUGUCGCCCUGCUGGCUCUGUGCUGGGGGCUCAGCGUGGCAGGGGCCCAAGGGACCGUCCCGCUGCAGACCCUGAGCUGCCACAACGACUACACCAGCCGCAUCGUCUGCAGGUGGGCGGACGCGCGGUACGCCCCGCGGUUCCUCAACGUGACUCUGCACCGCAGGCUGAACGAGGACCCCCCACAGCCAGUGGCCUGCCGUCUCAGUGAUGACACGUCCUGGUUAGAUGACUCUUGUCUCAGCUGUGUGCCCAGAAGUUGCGUCAUUCCCUACAAGUUUUUCGCCCUUGCUGACAGAGACUACUUCUCAUUCCGACCAGACAGGCCUCUGGGAGCCCAGCUCAACAUCAAUCUGGCCCAGCAUGGUGUCAGAGGGGAGGGGGCUCGGCCGCUGUUUCCGGCCUUUCUUCAUCCCGGCAGCACGAAGCUGUUCCCUAGAAGAGGGGACGGGCGAGGCCGUGGGGACGAGGCCCAGCCCCGGGACCUCCAGUGCUUCUUCGAUGGGGCCGCCGCGCUCAGCUGCUCCUGGGAAGUGAGGACCGAGGUGGCCAGCUCGGUCUCCUUCGCCCUCUUCUACAGGUCCAGCCCUGAUGCGGGGGAGAAGCAGUGCUCCCCAGUGCUGCAGGACCAGCCCGGCAGCCCCUACAUCCUGCACCGAUGCCAGAUCCCCGUGCCCGACCCCAGGACCCACAGCCAGUACCUCGUCUCUGUUCGGCCAAAGGAGGAAGAGAAAUUUAUCAAGAGCUCAGAGAACAUCCAGAUGGCGCCCCCGACACUCAACGUGACCAGGAGCAAAGACGGCUAUGUCCUGCUCUGGAAAGCGGAGGAAAUGAUGUACAAACACAUAGGCCACACCUUCCAGGUCCAGUACAAGAAAGACACAGCCUCAUGGGAGGACAGCAAGACAGCGUCGCUCCAGAACGCCCACAGCAUGUCCCUGCCAUGGCUGGAGCCCUCCACCAAGUACCAGGCGAGAGUGAGGGUCAAGCCCACCCCCGGGAGCUACAAUGGGAUCUGGAGCGAGUGGAGUGAGGAGCGCUCCUGGGGCACUGAGUGGGAGCUGUCCGUGUGGGUCCUGGCACUCAUCAUGGUCUUCGCCACCCUCGUCUUGCUCCCAGCCCUGCGCUUCUGCGGUGUCUAUGGCUACAGGCUGAACCAGAAGUGGGAGGAGAAAAUCCCCAACCCCAGCAAGAGCCACCUGUUCCAGAACGGGAGUGCCGGGCUGCGUCUCCCAGACAGCACGUGGACCCUCAGCAGCAGGAGCUCCCCACCCCAGGGGCCGUGGGGCGGCCGCUUCCCUGAGCUGGAGAGGGUGUCCCCCAUAGACUGUGGGCACAGCGAGGUGUCACCUGUCACCACAAAGGACCCUAAAGAUGCCCAGGACUCACCAUCUGAGCCUGACACGACUCUGGCCCCCUCAGACCUGCCAGCCGAGCGGCCCUGCAGCCCCCAGCUGGGCCUGGCUGCCCCCUCGGGCAGGCCUGAGAGCCGGGUUUCUGGCUUCGACUUCAGUGUUCCCUACCUGGGGCCACCCCACAGCCGCUCCCUGCCUGACAUGAUGGGCCUGCUGGUGGCCCCACAGAUGGACAUGAAGCAGAGGCCGCUGCCUUCAGGAUCCCUGGAGUACCUGUGUCUGCCUGCAGGCGGGCAGGUGCAGCUGGUCCCGCUGUCCCAGGCGAUGGGACAGGGCCGGGCCCAGGAUUUGGAGAAGAAGCCCAGCCCUAGGGCUGAGGGGAGCCCCUCCCUGGAGUCCCGGGCAGACCCCGUCCCUCCCGCACCUGGGCUGAUGGUGGGCGGUCAGGGUCCAAAGGACAGCCCCGCAGCUCUGCCCACUGCCUCUGGGGGUCCUGCAGACAGCAGCGUGGCCUCUGGUUAUGUCACCACGGCCAACCUGACCUUCACCCCACCCGCAAGGGCCCCAUCUGUCUCCCAGGCUCCCCGUCUGGGGCUCCCCUCAGACCAGAACCACAGCGUCUGUCCUGGACUGGCUGGUGGGCCCCCUGGAGCCCCGGCCCCCAUGAAGCCAGAGUUUGAGGGCUAUGUGGAGCUCCCCCCGACCAUAGGCCAGAUCCCCAAGUCCCCUCUGUUCAGUCCUGCUCCUCCUGCCACCAGCAGCCCUGUCCUGAGCCUGGGGGAGCCCCGGGCAGAUGCUGCCCCAGUCUCCCCACAUCCCAAGGGCCUCCUGGUCCUGCAGCAGGUGGGCGACUACUGCCUCCCCUUCAGCUUUGGUGCCUGCCCACUCCCCCUCCAGGCAAGCCCUCCACUCGUGGAAGAGGGACCUCCGACUAAGAUCCCCUGGCCCAAUGCCCUGGCCCGGCCAAGUGUGAAGGACCCGGUGUCACUGCUGGAAAGGCAUCAAGCCACUGCCGGACCCACCAUCACCCGGGGGUGACAACAGGCCUGGAGAGGUGCGGCCGUACCCUGCCUCAGCUGAGCCUCUGGGUCCUGCCUUUCUCCUUGUUCCACCCCUUGGCUCCUUCCCCUGAAUUUUCUGUGUAUCCAGAGGAGCCCACAGUGGUGAGAGCAGCGGUUCUCAAACUUUCUCGCGCCCCAGCAUCACUGCAGAGCUUGUGAAACCCAAAGGUUUUGAUUCAGUAGGUCCUGGGAGAGAUCUGUGAGUUUGUCUUCCUGCCAUCCCAGGUGAUGCCGAUGGUGGUGAUCCGGGGACCGCACCCUGAGGACCCCCUUGUGUAGCAGAAAGCGCUAACACAGCAAUUUCCCUCUGCCCACCACUCACGCUGGACCCUCGAGCAUCUCUUGAAUGAUGCAGGUGCGAUUGUCAUUCAUCGCCCACAUCUGCAUUGUCUAAUUAUUGUGUAGUGGGCAGGGAUUGCUCGUAAUCAAGAGUUUUGAUUCUUUGUUACCUUUUUAUAGCUGACUUUUAAUUUUAUUGUAUUGCGGCAGGAAAUGUAAAUUCCUACUCUGGAAUUUCUUUGAAGUUUUCCCUGUAGCUAAGUAGAUCCACUUUUAUAUAUAAAUUCCCUAGGAAUAAGAGAAGAAAGCAAGAAAGGAUCAUCUCUCUUUAUGUAUUACAUACAUGUUAUGUUAUAUUAUAUGUUAUACACUUACAAAUAUACAUAGUCACCUGUAUAGUCUCACUUGUUAAUUAUUGUUUUAUGUAAGUUGUUUCCAGAGGCAGCAGACAGAAGAGGACAGCAGGCCUGAUUCUACAGUGAGACAGUCUGAGUUCAAACCCCAGCUCAGCUACUUACUACCUUUACAUGAAUUCUCAACCUUCUCCAUGCCUCUGCUUUCUCAUCUGUAAAAUGGAGUGAUAACCGUCAGCUCUUACAUAAUUUCUCUCAUUCAUUCACAAAUAUUUAUCGAAUGUCUGCUGUGUGCCUUGUACCGGGCCAGCUCCAUGACUCCUUGCAAAUAUUUAUUUUAUUAAGUGAUCUGCCAAAUAGGAGACAAGUGUGUUGAAUUUGCCAACUGGGAUUUCGGUUUUAUCAAAUUCUCUUAUAUGUAUAAGGAUUUGCCUUACGGAUUGCCCUGUGCUGUUCAGUUUAAAAAGGUUUGUGAUCAUUAUAUCGUCAAGGAUUGCUAUUUUUUGCUGUUGUAAAUAUCCUUCUUUCUCCUAUUUAAUACUCUCGGCCCUAAAUUUUGUUUAAUCUGAUAUUAACACUACCACCUGCAUUUUAUUGUUGUUAUUGUCAUUAGCAUUUGUCUAAGUAUAUCUUUUCCAUCCCAGUAUUUUCAACUUUCGAGUCCUGUCUUUGAGGGGGUGUGUCUUGAAAACAGGCGAGAGCUGUGUUCAAAAACAUCCACUCCGGUCUGAGGAUCCUUGUCUUCAUGGCUGCUUGCUUUUCUUGUGAUAGCAAAUAGAUAUUUGCUUUUUUGUUUUA